AUUAUAUAUUAGUAUUUCAGUAAGUGUAAGUGAGUUGGUCCGCAAGCACGAUUUGUUGUGGAGGAAAUAUAAAAACCAAUCAGCAUAUUAAUAAAUAUGAUCAAACUAAAAGUGCGCAAUAAUAUAAUACUACUCGCCUACAUACUAAUUCAACUGAUCAUAAACAACAAAUUUUUGUUGGCGCACACUACCGAAACGAACUUCCAAACUACUGUUGAACAAGUCACCACUUGGCGCUCCCCUUGUGGUAGCAAUGAGAAUAUUACUUGUGCUUGCAACGACGAUGGAGGUCUUUUUUGUCGUAUUAUCGACGCACUCAAUGAUGUUUACAUCAGUUUUAAGUCAAACUCGCAGUAUUUGCUUGUAAUGUGUAGUACAGACACAGAAACUAAUAUCAAUUUUAUACUCGAGCGCGAAUUGAAGACAAUUUUACCUAAAACACGUUAUUUGGAAGUGUUUUAUUGCAAAAAUUUUAAACACGAAAUCUAUAUGAAUGACAAAGUGCGGGAAAUUUUUGUAAAAAUGAACCACAUGACUAAAACUAAAGUAACACUAGUCUAUAACAUUGAUGUUCCUGUAGAAACAACGAAAGAAAUUGAUGGUAUACAUGACCUACAAUUGAUUAUUAAAUCAAAUCGUGAUGAAAUCCAGGAAGCAGAUAUUAUAAGCGUAGUCCCUGACAUAUUUUCUAAGCAGAAUCAACUGGAAACGUUUACGCUUAGCGUACAGGGUCUAAGAAACCAGUACUUAUCGCUGCAAAACUUGACGCCAACAUUCUUUAAAAACUUCACUACGCUCAAAGAGCUUGACUUAGCCGGGAAUAAUAUGAAAACGUUGGACGCCAACAUCUUUGCAGAGCUAACACAAUUGAAUUGUCUGAAUUUGAGCCGUAAUGAAAUCCGGGAAUUGUCCGAAAGUCUGUUUGUAUAUCAGCGUCAACUUUCCAUACUGGAUCUGAGUCACAAUUUAUUGACACAUUUGCCGCUAGACACCACCUUUGGCUAUGGCAACGUUUCGCAACUCAACGCGUCGUACAAUAAAAUCACGGGCAUAAGUGUCAGUCAACUGCCAACCAAUUUGACCGUUUUGGAUCUACGAAAUAAUCGCAUAAAAUCUUUAAAUUCUGAAUUUUUGCGUACAUACUUGAAUGACAGCACAAAAUUACAAUUUCUCUACCUAAGUGGAAAUCCUUGGAUUUGCGACUGUUCCACGCAGCAAUUGCUGUACACCAUACGUACACAUCGGACACGCAUACCCGAUGUCGACCAGUUACUCUGUGUUAAUAAGCCGAACGAUACAUUCCUAAUAGCAAAUGUGAGAGAAUUGUGUCCAACUCCUAUUAAUGUUGAUUAUCAGCACUCGAAUGGAGCUGUGAUUAGUAUAGCGUUAACCAUUAUUACUUUACUUUGCAUUAUUGCACUUUUACAUAAAUAUAAAUUGGAAGUGGAAGUCGAAUGUGAGCUGGAUAACCACGAAGCAUUAGAUGCGUUUAAUUUAUAUGCACACCAGGAUGCGAACUUCGUCAAUCAUACGAGUAUAAUACCGCCGCAACUCGAACAGUGUGAAGCACCACUUCGUGUAUGCACGCACGAAUGCGAUUGGCUGGCUGAUGCUCAUAUACCUGAUCCAAUCUGCGAAUAGUGAAAUCUUUCAAUUCUUCAGUGACACAAAGAGUUAUUCAAAAUGUUGCUGCUAAGAGAAAGAUUGAGAUAAUAUUGGCCAACCUGAUUACCAAGCAGUGGUGAUCGUAGAAACUCUUGAUCCAUUUUUUUGUAAACUAACACAAGUACGUUGUAUAAAGUUAUGAAAUAUAAUUAAUUUCAAAUCAUUAAUAUAAGAAAAUCUUUAGUGGGUAGACCGCAAAGCAAGACUUAGGUAGAACUCUGACAAAGGAAAAAUGGAGAGACAUGAUGGACCUGCUAAAAUUAUUUUCUCCUGUUAACCACGAUAACUAAGUAUAAGAACAUGUCAACAAAUCGAAAUGACGAGUCCUCACUUACAGCUGAUGAAAAAGACAUUAUUUAUAAUAUUGCUUAAUCCUAUCAAAAAAUAAUACCGCUAACAUAAAGCUGCUACAAAUUAAUUACGAAAAUUAUUUUACAACUGAACUUCCAACAUUAAUUUUUAUGGAAAAGCUGUGAAGAAACUGUAUAUAACCAACUUUUUCUGUAAUAAAAACUUAAAAAUGAAAAGACUAAA